CGGCCUCUUCUUCGCUGCUACCGUCCAGUGCAAUCGUUGAGGAUGGCGUCUUCUGAAGCUCCGUCAUGGACAUCACCCAUGGUACGGGAGGAGUUCUUUAGAUUUUUCCGGUCGAAAGGUCACACUUUCGUCCCAUCUUCAUCUACCAUCCCAUACGAGGACCCUACGCUCUUGUUCGCGAACGCGGGAAUGAAUCAGUUCAAGUCCAUAUUCCUAGGCACGGUUGACCCUCAAUCGGACCUGGCCCGUCUGAAACGUGCGUACAAUAGCCAGAAGUGCAUUAGAGCUGGCGGGAAGCAUAAUGACUUGGAGGAUGUCGGCAAAGAUUCCUAUCAUCAUACGUUCUUUGAGAUGCUGGGGAAUUGGUCCUUCGGAGACUACUUCAAACGUGAAGCAAUCGCCUACUCCUGGGAGCUGCUUACGGACGUCUAUAAGUUACCAAAAGAUCGGCUUUAUGUGUCGUUUUUUGAAGGCGAUAAAGCAAACGGCCUUGAUGUUGAUGAGGAAGCUCGACGAUAUUGGUUAGAACAAGGCAUUGCGGAGGAUCAUAUAUUACCGGGUAAUGCGAAAGACAACUUUUGGGAGAUGGGCGCGACGGGCCCCUGCGGGCCGUGCAGUGAGAUUCAUUUCGAUCGCAUCGGCGGUCGGAAUGCCGCUCACCUUGUGAACAAGGACGAUCCGGACGUCUUGGAGAUCUGGAAUAACGUCUUCAUUCAAUUCAAUCGUGAAGAUGAUGGUUCGCUCAAACUGCUUCCUUCAAAGCACGUGGAUACCGGAAUGGGGUUCGAACGACUGGUCUCAGUGAUACAGGAGAAACGGUCUAACUACGACACGGAUGUCUUCUCGCCUAUCUUCGCUAGGAUUCAAGAGAUCACCGGUGUUAGGCCUUAUCAAGGCAAAUUCGGAGACGAAGAUGAAAAUGGAAUUGAUACCGCAUAUCGUGUUGUCGCCGACCACGUCAGGACUUUGAUUUUUGCACUGAGUGAUGGAGGCGUUCCAGACGCCGUCGGUCGCGGUUAUGUUUUAAGGCGCAUUCUCCGUCGAGGAUGCCGUUAUGCGCGCAAGAAACUUGGCGUUAAUAUUGGCUCGUUCUUCUCCUCGAUCAUGCCUGCUGUGGUAGAGCAGAUGGGCAAUGUGUUUCCAGAGAUCACUCGAGGAACGGAAGAAAUCAAGGAGAUUUUGGACGAAGAGGAACAGUCCUUUGCUCGCACGUUAGAUCGAGGAGAGAAACUGUUUGAUCAGUACGCCAAUCAUGCUAAACGGCAGGGAUCGAGCAUGUUAUCUGGAAAAGACGUCUGGCGACUGUACGAUACUUUUGGAUUCCCAGUCGAUCUCACACGCCUGAUGGCGGAAGAGCUUGGGUUGGGUAUCAAUGAGGAAGAAUUUGAAGCUGCACAAGCGCAGUCAAAGGAAGCCAGCAAAGCGAGCUUCAAAACUGGCGACAAAGACGCGGUCAAGCUUGAUGUACAUGAUAUUGCUGAGUUGGAGAAGACUCGGCGUAUUCCGAAAACGGACGACUCAGCGAAGUACGCUCUCGGCAAUGUCAAUGCUCGUGUACUUGCGAUAUACCAUGAGAAGUCCUUCUUCGAGUCAACUGCGGACAUACCUGAUGGCAUCCUGCUCGGUCUGAUAUUGGAUCGGACAAGCUUCUACGCUGAGUCAGGUGGCCAGGAAUACGACACGGGUAGUAUAGUAAUUGAUGAUGUCGCCGAGUUCGAAGUCUCCAACGUCCAGGCUUUCAGCGGUUAUGCUUUGCACAUCGGACGGAUGAAGUAUGGAAAGCUGUCUAUCUCAGAUGAGGUUGUCGCGUCUUACGACGAGCUCCGACGGUGGCCUCUCAGGAAUAAUCACACCGCAACGCACAUUCUGAACUAUUGCCUGCGCGAAGUGCUCGGUGACCAUGUCGAUCAGAAGGGCUCUCUUGUCGCGCCUACGAAAUUGAGGUUUGACUUCUCGCACAAGGCGCAAAUCCCUCUGCUCGAAUUGGCCAAAAUCGAAGAGCAAAGUCAGCACUGGAUCCACCGCAAUGUCAAGAUCUUCACUAAAGAACUUAGUCUCCGUGUUGCUCAAGAAAUUCCCGGUCUCAGGGCAGUCUUCGGCGAAUCGUAUCCAGAUCCGGUGCGGGUAGUUGCGUUGGAGCACGCGGUGGACGAUAUCGUGCAAGAUCUCUCAAAUCCAAAAUGGCGGACGACAAGUGUCGAGCUAUGCGGCGGAACUCAUGUUACAAGAACCGGUGAGAUCAAAGACUUUGUGAUCACCGAAGAAUCUGGCAUCGCCAAAGGCAUCCGGCGUAUCAUUGCCGUAACAGGACACGAGGCUGCAGAGGCUCGCCGCAGGGCGGAUUCUCUGACACGUCGGUUGGACCAAAUAGAAUCCAUGAGCGGCGUGCAAAAGGAGUCUGCCCUGAAGAGCUACACGGUAGAAUUGGGCCAAGCCGAUAUCUCAACUCUCAAGAAGUCUGAGCUCCGCGAUCGCCUUGCUACUGUUCGCAGGGCAUUUGACAAAGGAAUGAAGGAGAAAGAGGCAGUCGCCAACAAAGCGGUCGUAGAUAUUGUCAACGACUACUUCCGGCAGCACGAAGACGUCGAGGCAUUUAUCUCAGUUCUCACUGUGGCGGCGAAUCCGAAGAUGCUGCAGAGUAUCGCCCAGCAGGGCAAGAAGUUGGGCAAGACUAUCUACGUCUUCAGUCCUGAUUAUGAAGCGGGCAAGGUUCAACAUGUCAAUGCCGUGUCGCCGACGGCGAAGGCCAAAGGUCUGGAUGCCCGUGCUUGGGCCACAGCCGUUGCAGAGGUUCUGGGAGGGAAGGCAGGAGGCAAGGAAGAUUCUGCUCAAGGCGUGGGUGUCAACGUAGACAGAGUCAACGAGGCUCUCGAGACCGCCAAGCAGUUCUUCACAAAGCAGACAGGAGUUAAGCUGUAAUGCCAGAUGCCAUUCUUUUCCCGCUCACAGGUCACUGCUUGUCAAUGGUCGUUUUGUGCAAAGUACUGCUCUAUACCGAUGUUCGUGUCGGCAUUCGUUGCUGUAUUCUCGAAUCGCCUGUAGUCGAUCAACAAGGGAGAGAAGUUAGCCAAUCUAUAGGAAGAAAGGCUAUGUCACAAUGUCAUACGUGCAUACAUCUUAGCGAUAAAGAACUUACUUGGCGGACAUUCGCUGAGUAGGGGAACAAUUCAGUCCAGGAGCAAAAAGCGGUUGGCACCCCAGACAUGAAGCCGUUUUU